AGGGCCUAAAUUGAUUGUGGACAAUUUCUCAUCACUGUUAACGUGCGUGUUUGUGAAUAUCCCAUUUUAGCACUAUUGUGAAUUACACACAACAAAGCCAAAUUUUGGCCGGGCCGAAAUUUGUUAGCUUCUAAUAAUCUUGGAUUUACUAGUGUUUUGGAAAAAAUUUCUUGCAAAGCUUUGCUGGAUUCUUAACUCCCCACCAUGAAUUUCACAAACUCGGUAAAUGUAUCUGUAGAAACUACGUGCGAGAGUAAAAUUCAAGAAAUAGCCUACGAUGGCACGGAAAUCUACGAGACACCACCAACUUUGUCCGAAACUUUGACCAAUUGCGCUGCACGCAUCGAUUUCAGCAAGACCUCUUUAGAGGAGCUUAAAAAGGAGGAGAAGGCUGCGGGAGAAGAACCCGACAAAGAUGCCCAAUUUCAACCUAGUCUAUGGCCUUGGGACUCGGUACGAAAUAAACUGAAUGAUGCCCUAACAGAGGUAUGUGUUCUCUCGGAUGUUUUGUCAAUUGCAAAAGAUAAACGUUACUUAGUGCUGGAUCCUGUGCCAGAUCCUGAUAAUGAUGAAACAAAGCCCAUAGUUCAAGUGUACAGCAGGAAAAAGGCUUUGAAUCAAGCCGCCCAAAUACUGUUAAGCGGUGCAGAGCGUUUAAAAAAUACCCACACUGAGCAAAGAAACCGCAAUGUGUCCGACUUCCACAUUGAACUGCUGCGCCUCAGACAAAAUUGGCGAUUAAAGAAAAAUAACAACGCCAUAAUUGGUGAUUUGAGCUAUCGAACGGCCGGUUCGAAAUACGGUAUGAGUGGUACUUUUGAAGUGACAAAGGCGGAAGAUGUUGUUGAAGAUGAUGCAACUGCCACUACAUCAUCCACAAGCUCUGGCACAAAUAAUGGUCUCCAGAAUCCCUCGCCUAAAAACAACUCCUCAUUAAGGGUCAUAGUACCAGCAGAAUUACAAGGCGUUGCUUAUUUUAAGGUAAUAACACAAAAGGACCAAGAAGACUUGUGCACAGCUACGGUGAACUUAAUGGGACAUGGUCCCAACACCACCCAACAAGGCGGAGUCUGGCAAAAGACCAUAGAGGAUGCUCAAAAUGUUUUAUUCUGCAAAGAGCUAUUUAGUCAACUGGCCAGAGAAGCCAUUCAAUUACAAGCACCCAUUCCACAUGUGGUAAUAGGAAAUCAAAUAAGAGCUACUCUGCUGCCGGGAAUACAAUUGAUCAUCUCACUAUGCCAUUCCACUACAAUAGAUAGUAGUCAGCCAACACCGGUAAAUGAUCAUGACCACGAUCAUGUUUUGGAACAUUCAUUACAUCAGCUGUUGCGAGAGGUACAUCAUAAAAACUCCCAUCAUCCAUUUCCGCAUCCAGCCAGUGGUCCUUUGGGCCCCAGCAAGAAAAGAAUGCUGGCUGGACCUAUGGCGGCUGACCGACAAACUUUAGUUGAAAUGACCAAGUCACAAACAAUUUUGGAGCAAAUAAUAGCCCAAGCUCAGCACAUAUUUAUGAGAAAACGUACCCAAUAUGUAUUGGAUACUUUGGCACGAGAUGUAAAAGACCCACAAAUUGUUUCACACUGGAAUGCAAUGACUAGCCCCACAAUGUCAUGUGUAAAAAUCAACAUAGUGACGCAUGGAUAUGAUACCAUAAACCGCACCUCACUUGUCAUUCAUGUACGCGAGAGAUCUCUGAAAGCUAUAUGUCGAGAUGGCCGCGUUAUGCACUUAUCUUAUGAGCCCCAGGAGUUACGUGAUUUAAUUCUCUGUCAAAUAAAUUCCCAUCAAAUAUCAUGUCUGCUCAAUUUAGCCCGCUGUAUGGCUUGGCAAGUUCUAUCGAAUAGCAAUCACUUGGGUAUAGGUAAAGUGGAACCGCUAGGAAACGCUAGUUCUUGUCUACUGUCAUCGCCCAAUAGCGAUCGUAUGAUUGCUGUGCAGAUACGUUGUACGCAAUCACAAAUGGAUGUUAAAGUGUAUAUAGCAAAGAGUCCCCGCCAGGAGUUUUUUCCCAAUCCUUUGGUGCCAGAGAAGUUUUGGGAAAAUUUGGGUGGUCAUUUUAAAGAGGUUCGCUUUGAAAAGAUUGAAGGCAAGAGUUUUCUCAAUAAAAUGGAGUUUCUUAUGGCUUCACUGAAUAGUAAUUCAGCUUAAUCAACAUGUGAACACUUAUGUGAAAAUCAAACCUACACACUUACAUACACUAAAACAAUUUUAUUAUAAUUGAAAAUAAACAAAAAGAAAUGAUGUAUUAAAUUUUAAAUUAAGUAAAACUAUAGGCUUUUAAUUCCAACUAUUUCUUUUCGAUUUUAAGACAAAAGUAAAGUUGUGGCUUUUAUUUUUGUAUAUGUAUUUAACAAAUUAAAAAACAAUAAAUCACGACUUCGUCAGAAGAGCUUCGUCGUUGUUUCAAGCUGAUACUUUAUACGGGGAAUUAUUCGUAUUCACGUGAUAACUUGUAAUAAAAACCUAAUUUUACCACAA